AUGACAGGUACUGGAUCAUCUUGUGGAGCGUGCAAGUUUCUAAGGAGAAAAUGCAGCAACGAUUGCGUGUUUGCUCCGUACUUUUCCUACGACCAGGCGUCGGCCCAUUUCUCGGCAGUGCACAAAGUGUUUGGAGCAAGCAACGUGUCGAAGCUGCUCUUACACUUGCCCGUUCAGAACAGAAGUGCAGCCGCCAUUACCAUAUCCUUCGAAGCUCUUGCCCGAAUGAGAGACCCUGUUUACGGUUGUGUCUCUCAUAUCUUCGCUCUCCAACAACAGGUUAUGAGUCUGCAAGAAGAGAUCGAGCUUCUCGGUACCCAGAUGGCGAAUUUCGGGUAUUGUCAAGUCCCAACAUACCAAAGUAACAAGACACAGCAGCAACUCAUGUCACAGCUUCAACCAGUCACCAUGCAAGAUCUUCAUAACCAAACAGAAGAAGCAAUCAACUUCACCAGUUUCGGCGACCAGUUCAUGUAUGGACAACUUGGUGAGAACUGUCUCCACCAUGAUCAGUUCUUCAUCGCCGAUCCUCAGGUCCUGGUGAACCAUCAUCCAUGGCUUCUUAACAUGGAUUAUUACACGACGUUAAUGGACGUGGAGAAUCCCGCAUGGAACUGAUUGAUAGAGUUUCAACUUCUGCUUCAGACGAGGAGAUUGGGAGAAAACUCUCCUUCUUCGUUCCAAACUCAGGAACAAGUUUUGUUGUCCGUCGUCUUUGCCAUCUCUUGUUGCUUGUCUUAAUUCACGUCAUGUGGUUUAUUCGACCUUAUAUAUAUAUAUAUAAGCAGUGGGUGAAGUCAACUCCAUA